UCAUUAAUUACAUUUGAUAUUUUACCGGCAUAGUGCGCCUGUUGUUUUGAAGCAUUCAGAUAAAACAUAUAGAAAAUAUAUUCCAAUAUGGUUGUCUGCCGGUUCUUUCAACAAGGAUCCUGCCGCUAUGGCACGAAGUGCCACAACGAGCACUUCGAUGUUAAACAAUAUCUCAAAGCCGACAUGGAAUCCAGUCUCAAUGGCAAGAUGUGGCCUUUCUCCGUCUACGGACCCUUCAAGGACAAGGCGAAUUUCCCCAACUUCAUCGAGGACCAAUCCUUCGAGGAGGUCCGAUUCAUGUGCUACGAGGCCAAGCGACAAAAUCAAUUCGAACAGUUUAGCCAACAGUUUAACCGCGAGGUCCUAGAGGCUACCAACAAGAUGAAGACCAUGCUGCAGAUGUCGCCACAGGUCCUGGACACGAUGAUCAAGAUCCACGAGACGCCGGAGGGCGGCACUGUGUCAGCUGCCCCUCAACAGCCCAAUAAUCCAUUCGCUGCAGCCGCUCCGGCAUCCAAUACAUCUGCAUCCAUUUUCGGAAAGCCCACGCUGAGUGCGGGAAAUAUAUUUGGAAAUGCCACAAGCCAAGCCAGCAACACGAACAGCAUUUUUGGCGGUAGUAUGACUAAUGCCAAUGCAGGGAAUAGCAUUUUUGGCACUGGAGGUGCGACAGCAGCAGCAACAAGUGUCUUCGGACAGCCCCAGCAGCAACAGCAGCAACCUGCUGCUCAAGCCUUCCAAGGGGGCAACAUAUUUGGCCAGGCGCAGGUGCAGGUGCAAGCUCAGCCAGUGAAUCCCAAUCCGUUCGGUGGCUUCCAACAGCAGCAGCAGCAACCGCAGGCGACGGGAAUCUUUGGCCAAGCCACUAAUACCAAUAUGGGCGGAAUCUUUGCUCAGGCGGCUCAGCAACAACAACAGCAACAGCAGCAGCCACCUCCCUCCGGAUUAUUUGCUCAAGCAGCAGCAUCCGCAUUCCCGAAUCAACAACAGAUGCAGCAACAAAUGCAACAGCAGCAGCAGAUGCAACAGCAACAAAUGCAGCAACAUCAGCAGCAACAACAAAUGCAGCAGCAACAACAACAACAGCAGCAGCAGCAACAACAGUUUCAAAUGCAGCAGCAACAGCAAAUGAUGCAGCAACAACAAAUGUUGCAGCAGCAGCAGCAAGCUCAAACGACUAACGAAACCCAGACCUCAGUUUACAGUCGAAUGGAAGAUCUUAACGAACAGGAAAUAGAAGCCUUCAAGGCGGAUCAAUUUCUACCAGGUGCCUUGCCAUUCAAACCACCGCCACGGAAUCUUUGCUGAACCGAAAACUAGGCAAAUUAGCGUAUAAUGUAUAUAUUUUUACAGGAGUUGAUAUAAAAUAGCUACAACUAAUAAACUAAUGCAUCAUCAUA